AUGAUUUCGGUGCAAUUGUUAAUUGUUGCGGUAAUCCUAUUUUGGAUCCACUUUCUUUGGAGUCGGAGACAUUUAUAUUUACUAUCGCUGAAGUUGCCAGGAACCUGGGGACUACCUAUAAUCGGAAUUGCGAUAGAGUGUUUUCUCUUCUAUAAACGUAAAAUAAGAAUGCGCUCCAAAUAUCUAAGGAUGAAUGGCUCAACUAUUUUGACCUGGUUGGGUACAAUGCCAUUUAUAUUGACAAUGGAUCCCAAAACUGCCGAGGAUAUCUUUAUGUCACCUUCAUGCAUCAACAGGAACUGGCAGGCAGUCAGUGCGUUUACUCAUUCUUUUGGACACGGAUUAUUGACACUACAAGGAUCCAAAUGGAUGGAGCGUCGGAAGCAUAUGAAUGUCGCCUUCAAACCAAAUAUCUUGCUCAGCUUUUUUCCCAUUUUCAAUGACGAAGCGAGAUCCCUGGUAAGCCUAUUCGACUCUUUUGUCGGUCAGGGCGAAAAAGAUGUACUACCAGACAUACUUAAAUGGUCAUUUAGAAUAUCCGCCCAGACCACUAUGGGAACCAAUGUUAAGGAAGAGGAAAACUUAAAAAAUGAUACAAUAAUGGAAAACUUUAAGACGAUCUUAAACCUUAUCACAAUUAAUACUUUGAUGCCGUUUUUCAAAAUUAAAAUGAUUUCCAAGCUUUUCGGACUUGAAAAGCGGUUAACAAGAGCCUAUUCUCCGAUUAGUGAAAUGAUGGAUAAUAUAAUUAACAAAAAACUGCACUCAAAGCCAGAAAUUACAUAUAAUUCGGAGUCCGAGAUGAAAAUUGUUAUCGAUAAGGCAAUUGAACUUUUUCGAAAAGGCGAAAUAUCCUUUAUGGAGUUGAAAUCCGAGUGUAACGGUAUGGUUGUGGCUUCCUUUGAGACGACCGCUCAUACGGUAUAUCAUACCCUCGUGCUGCUGGCCAUGAAUCCCGAAUGCCAGGAGAGGGUCUUUAACGAGAUUAAGGAACUCCUCCCAACGGCCGAAGACUUGGAAAUUACCAACGAAGAUCUCCAAAAAUUGGUUUACUUGGAUCGCGUGCUAAAUGAGGCGUUGCGAUUGAUACCCUCCAUCCCUAUCAUCACGAGGGAUACAAUGGCCGACUUGCCACUAUCUAAUGGAGUUAUCGUCCCCAAGGGAGUUAUGAUUGGCGUCGACAUAUUCAGCAUCCAUCGCAACAAGGAUUUUUGGGGUCCGGAAGCAGAGAAGUUUAACCCAGAUAACUUCUUGCCGGAAAAAGUGUCCAAUAGGCAUCCAUACGCCUUUAUUCCAUUUGCAAAGGGAAAGAGAAACUGCAUAGGCUGGCGAUAUGGUCUAAUGUCUGCUAAACUAGCUUUAGUCAAGAUACUCACCAACUACGAACUUAGCACUUCAUUUCGUUAUGAAGACUUGGACUUCGUUGACAACAUGGUCAUUAACUUAGUCAAGUCCCCACGUCUGGCUUUUCAACGACGAUAG